ACGUUUAAUAUACGUGUGAAUGUGAGUGUGCCUUCCAAGUAAACAUCCGCCCAUCCCCGGCAAACUAUAGUUCCUGCUGAUGCUGCACGGACCUAUUUGGCAGCGGCACCAGCGAGCAGCGGCAGGCAACUAUGGCUAAGAGUGAUGGAAGUGACUAUUUUAAAAAAACAAGCCUUUUUUGGGUCGUCUCCGUAACGUUCGGACUGGUGUAUUUCACCUGCAUGGUGUUUUCUCCUGAAAAAAUACCAUUCCAUCUCCUCGGCCCGUUUGGGACCUUCUGCAAACACCUUGUGGACAACUAUGCUGGCAUUAUGUACAAAGGGUGGUGGGCUACUGUGGCGAUCCAUGUCGUAGAGGCCUUGGUAUCAUUGAAAGUGUGCAGAAAUAAAGGCAUCAACACGACAACCAGCUGCUUCUGGUUCUGCCAGACUUUAGUGUUCGGCUUCGCUUCUCUCGGUCUGCUCAUCAAGUACAACCCCGAACGACCCAAACAGCGCUGAAGACGACAUGAAGAGCGAGCAGAGAACAAUGUCUGUGCCUUUUCCUGGAGAUUGAAGUAACACAUUCAGUUUCUUAAAUCAUGCUGUGAUCACUCACUGUAUGUUUUCUAAUGCAGACAGUAUAUUUAUCCAUUUAAUAAUAAUAUAUAUACAUUAAAGCAAGCAUUCAGAGAGGUCUGCUAAAAAUUAAUGACAAGUUUUCAUACUUUCUUAAAAAGGAACUGCACUUUUUUAAAAUGUUGCCUACCAUUCACAAUCCUUAUGUGAGAUAAGCACACAUAUAUAUUAUAAGGCAUUCUAAAUAGUAAAUAAAUGUGAUCAAAAGUCAGCAUACAGUGGAGCCUAUGGUAGUUGCUGUAUUCGGCCAAAAGGUGCUUAAAAACAUCCAAACACCGCCUUUAAGGUUUUUAUACACACUAAGUAUAUAUGUACGGUAAUGUAGUAACAGGCACGUUGAUAAUAACGUAAUAUUUAAGUAUUUUGAUCAUUUUAAGCAUGAGAGCCAACAAACAUAAUAAAACAUCACUCACUGUACAAUGUCUGCUGUCAUUAGGAUGCUGACUGUUAGGAUGUUGAUAUAUUCCCAUUUAGAUGAGGAAUGACUCAUAAUCCUUGCAAAGAAAAAAGGGGGGUGCAACCAAGCGUCUUUUUGUGUCUUUUUCGCCAUUUUCGGGUCUAAAUUGGAUGCCAAAAUUGUCCAACUUGUUGGUUGACGUCCUCAUCCUUCUACUAUCGAGGUGAGAGGCAUUACCGUAUUUUCCGCACUAUAAGGCGCACCUAAAAACCACAAUUUUUCUCAAAA